AUAGUCAAAGCCAACAAUCGGGACCUCUCUUAUAUGCUCCUGGUCUCCCUUCUGCUUUCCUUCUUGACCUCCUUCCUCUUCACUGGCCAGCCAAGGACAGCCACUUGCCUUCUGCGACAAACUGCCUUCAGUAUCAUUUUCUCACUCGCUGUCUCUGCUGUCGUGGCCGAAACAGUCACAGUAGUGUUAGUGUUCAUGGCCACAAAACCAGGGAAUAAAGUGCAGAGAUGGUUGGGGAAGAGCUUGGCCAACUCCAUUGUCCUUUUUUGCUCAGGUGUCCAAGUUGUUAUCUGCAGCAUCUGGCUGGGCACUUCUCCCCCCUUUCCUGAGUCUGACACGAACUCCCAAUCUGGAGAGGUCAUCCUGCAGUGCAAUGAAGGUUCUGUCCCCCUGUUUUACAUUGCCCUCAGCUACAUGGGUUUCCUCGCUGCCAUCUGCUUCUUGGUGGCUUUUCUGGCCAGGAACCUCCCUGGAGUCUUCAACGAAGCCAAGCUGAUCACCUUCAGCAUGCUGGACAGUGCGGUCUUAUCCACCACCAAAUAUGCUGAUGAUAUGCAAUUGGACAUCUUGACCCUACAAUGA